AAUGUACAUAAAGUGUAUACAAAACGUAUCCUUUCCGUAUACAUAUUUCUUAUAGGGCUAUAUUUCUCGACAUUUUGUAUAAUAGUUUUAAUUUAUUUUUUUCGUAAAAAAUUGGUACAAAAGAUCAUCAGAAGCAUUACCUGGUCCUUUAAUAUCAUUUACUAA